CAGUUCGAUACUAUCCAUAGCUCUUUAUCAAUAGUAUUGCACCAAACCCGGCUACCGAUACUAUUUCUUUUACUCAAACUAUCGAUAGUCAAUCGAAACGCAACGAUAGUUGACUACAUGACUCUAACAUAACAUACAUAACUAAAUCUUGUGUCUGUGCGUGCGAUCGACUGUUUCUGCUGAUUGUGAUAAAUGUGGUUAAAUGUUGACCUAGGCAGAAAUCAUGACAAGCAGAGGAAGUUUUAAAAAUUCUCGUAUGAAUUUUAAAGUACAAAAUGACCAGCCAGAGGGAAAAGGUACUAAACCUAUCCGAGAAGCCUCAUCUAUAACUGAAAUUCUCGUGUUAAUGAUUGUGCACAUUUGUAAGAAGUUACUAUUCUUUGAUACCAAUUUAAAAAUAGCCCUGUACUUAGGUGCUCUAUUUUUAUUGUCUCUCAUAGCUGAUGUUUUAACAUUUCCAAAAACAUACUUUUCAAGAAGUGACAACGUAUUCAAUCAGUAUUUUGUUAAAAUUGGAUGGUUUUGGACAUUAUUUUUAACAGUGCCUUACGUAUUGUUGACAUCAUAUACCACAUGCUGUGGUAAACGAAAACUAAUCGUCACAGGUCACAUGCUGAGACUAUUUAUUGCUACAAUUUUCUGGUAUUCUUGGACAACUCUUUUUAACAUUAUAGAAACUAAAUAUGGAAGAUGCAACUCAAAAAGUUUCGAUAAUAAAAUAACAUGUUUGAAAAAUGGACAUUUCUGGAAUGGAUUUGAUAUAUCUGGGCAUUGUUUUAUAUUGAUAUAUUCUAGCUUGGUAAUGAUAGAAGAAGCCAAAUCCAUCAAUGGCUGGGAACGUAUCAAAGAUUAUAUCAGAGAUGAAAGGUAUUCUAGAAGUGUGGACGAUAAAUCUGUAAGCACAAAUCCUCUUAAAAACAUAAAUGCAGAUGAAUUGGAAGUAUUGAGAGUGUCUUAUGACAAUUUUACUCCUUAUGUGAGAGCAUUUCUUAUUGCUAUAUCAUUGUUGCAGUUGCUUUGGGAUGUCAUGCUAGUUUCCACAAUAUUGUAUUAUCACAUUAUGGUUGAGAAAUUUAUUAGUGGAGUAAUAGCAAUUCUGACUUGGUUUGUGACUUAUAGAGUUUGGUACACUAUACCAAAUAUUGUUCCAAAUCUCCCAGGUGAUGGCAUAUUUAAAUAUAAUAAAGACAAAAUCACAGGAACUCCUAUACCAAAAAAAAAGAUGAGCACAUCAAAUGGAAAACAUUUUAUGGGAAUGCCACUGAAUAAAAGUCAAGAUGAUCCAACUAGUGAAGAAGCAAGAUAAUUAACAAUGAGGUGAUGAAAUUCAGAAAGCCUUUGUAUGGAAUAUAAUUUAUUAGCUCUAUGUGAUCUGCAAAGAUUUUUCUUAAUUAUGUUCAUAUUAAGAUACUAUUAAUACAUAGUAGCAAGGUGAUGGAACUCAUUUGUGCAAUAUACUUUGUCAAAGUUAAAACAGUUUAAUGAUCAACAUUAUAGAUUUAGUAUUGCAUGAAUUAUUUUAAAAAAUGUCACAAUAAAGAAGCUUUGAUAUUUAUUGAUAGUUAAUAUGGGAAAAUAUUAGUUUGGUGCUUUCUUAUAACUUUUAUUAAUGUUAUGUAGGUAUAUGAUAUAUAUUAUGAACAUUGAAAAUUCAAAAUACAACAAAAAAUGUGUGUUGAGUAUGGUGACAUGGUCAUUGUGUUAUGGCCUAAAAUACCUAGCCACAUUGAAUGCACAUGUUGCAUUUCUCAAAGCAGCUGAGGCUGCUUUUUAACCAGAGAUAUAGAUAUUGCAACAGAUUAGAUAUGGGCAACAAGUAAUUGGAUUAACAAUUGUGACUACAUUUUGUAAACUUCGGAAAUAAUUACUUUAAAUAUAAUUAUACAUUCAAAAUAAUCUUGAAUUAAAAAAAGAACGAGAUUAAUGCAAUCUGACUACAUUCAUCAAGUUUUCAUUACUUGAUUAUUUCGAUGAUUAAUUUUCACUAGUACAUUCAGUUUGGCAUGUCAAUAUGUCACAUUUUUUCCAGGACCAGGUCCAGUGUCAAUGGCAAUGUGUUUAGCUGGAUAAGCGUUGUCUACCCCGUAAAUAAUAAAGAUGUGUAAUAAAAGACGUAAUUAUACUCAUCUCACUUUCAAACCAGACUCAGUCUAGUGAAAAAUAAUCUUGUAGUCUCAGGAAAAAAAAUCGAGAUUGAAUAUUAGGCGGAUUAACGACACGCCGCCGCGCCGCAACAUUUCUUAUUCUAAGUAUCGCCGUGAGGUUUGAAUCUACACCAUGAAAGAAGUCUUGCAGAUGUGGUGCUACUGGCGCUGAAAACAAAAACAAUAUUGCCAAGGGUCUUCUUUCGUGGUGCGGUCUCUAUACCAUAGAUAUAUUUGCUAAUCAAAUGAUUUUUGAAAUUCUAGGGCGCCCCUACAGAUAUUUUGUAUGUAGGUAUCUGUGCACUGAUCAAUUACAAUACUUAGGUACCUACUGUUGUUUUCUUGUUGUAUUUAUAUUAUGUAUUGCAUUUGUAGUUAUUAUAUAAAUAUUAUAUUUGAAUAUGAUUAAAAAAUAUAUUAAUGUUUGAUA